AUGUCUGCCAUCCUCAGAAAGCUCGUCCACAAUGAGGCUAUACGAGAGGACCCCAAGGAAAUCUAUGGGUGGAGAGUGUAUAUGCUUGCCUGCUCGGCAUGCUUCGGUGGUAUGCUUUUCGGGAUGGAAACAGGCAUCAUCGGGGGUGUCCUCAGAAUGAGUCCGUUCAUGGCAAAAUAUGGCCUGAACGGUCUGAGUGCGGUCGACCAGGCAAAUCUCUCUGCCAACAUUGUGUCCACGCUGCAAGCGGGCUGUUUCUUUGGGGCCCUCAUCGCUUCGCCGGUGGCUGAUCGCUGGGGAAGAAAGCCCGGUCUGAUAUCGGCAUCGGUUCUGGCCAUCCUGGGUGUGAUCAUGCAGGUUGCCGCCAGUGGCCACCUGGAGGCCCUGUAUAUUGGACGACUGGUCACCGGCUUCGGUGUCGGUUUCGCCUCGAUGAUCAACCCCCUCUACGUGUCGGAGAACGCUCCUCGUGCCAUCCGUGGUGGUCUGACCGGGCUGUACCAGCUCUUCAUCACCAUGGGCAUUAUGCUGGCGUUCUGGAUCAACUACGGCUCCCUGCUGCACAUCAGCGGCCCGGCCAUGUACCUCGUCCCGCUGGCCAUGCAGGGACUCCCCGCCAUCUGCCUCCUGGUCGGUAUGCUCCUGUGUAACGAGUCCCCCCGCUGGCUCGCCCGCCAGGACCGCUGGGAAGCCGCACGCGCCACACUAUCCCAAGUGCGCCACUUGCCCCCCACCCACCCCUACAUCGAGCGCGAGUUCCAGGACAUCGUCGCGCAGCUCGAGCACGAGCGCCAGCUCAUCGGCGGCUCGGGCCCCUGGGACCUCAUGCGAGAGAUGUGGCUGAUCCCGGGGAACCGCAAGCGCGCCCUCAUCAGCAUCUUCCUCAUGGUCUGCCAGCAGAUGACCGGCACCAACGCAAUCAACUACUACGCGCCCCAGAUCUUCCAGAACCUCGGCGUCACCGGCAAAGCCAACGGCCUCUUCGCCACAGGCGUCUACGGCAUCGUCAAGGUGGUCGGCUGCGCCUUUUUCCUCGUCUUCGUCGCCGACUCCCUCGGCCGCCGCCGCUCCCUCCUCUGGACCUCCGUCGCCCAGGGCCUGACCAUGCUCUACAUCGGCCUGUACGUCCGCAUCGCGCCCCCCAAGGCCGGCGAGCCCGUCAUCCCCGCCGGCUACGUCGCCCUCGUCUGCAUCUUCCUCUUCGCCGCCUGCUUCCAGUUCGGCUGGGGGCCCGUCUGCUGGAUCUACGUCUCUGAAAUCCCCACCGCCCGCCUGCGAGGCCUGAACGUCUCCUUCGCCGCCGCUACGCAGUGGCUCUUCAACUUUGUCGUCGCCCGCGCCGUCCCCAAUAUGCUUGCCACCGUCGGUGCGAAUGGUUACGGAACGUACAUUAUCUUCUCCUGCUUCUGUCUCUCCAUGGGUGUGUUCGUAUGGUUCUUCAUCCCUGAAACCAAGGGUCUCUCGCUCGAGAAAAUGGAUGAGUUGUUCGGCGUCACGACCGCCGAGGAUAGCAAGGUGGCCGAUGCCGAGCGGGCUAUGAGUACGACCGACAAGGAGGCCGAAACCGUGGUUGAGACAAGGGUUGAAAGGGCGUAG